GUCAGAUCGGCCAAUUCCAUCUCCACUCGAAACUAUUCAGAAGAUUGGAAAUCAUGUGGCAAGGACCCAACUGCGGUCCAUAUCUCCGGUAGCGAGGAUCUCGUCAAAGUCUGAUGUCAUAUCGAAUGGCAUACCGUCCUCUUUCUUCGAUGUCGACAGGUCUGUCGUUAAAUGCCGAAAAAGGUACACUGGGGUGAACAUGAUGAAGUCCUGAGUCGAGGCAAAACCCAUGCAUGACAUUCAGAGAUACUUUGUGGCGGGAUUUCUUUCCGCUGUACCCAAACGUCACCAUUCAUCUCGAGUACCCGUGUUCUCAAGUUCGAUGCUUCUACUUUCGACCUCACGGCCGGACAAAGAUGUCAAGAUGUCCCAUGUCUCUCAUUGCGCAGCCCCACAGCUUUUAUCUGCUAACCACGGCUAGGCAUUGAACUCGAUAGCAGGCAUCAUAGUCUGCGUCACCACUACCAAAACUCAAUAGCUGAGUUCCAUCGGUUUCAAUAUACAUGACAUUCACGGAUGCCUCGUCCGGGUCUAUCGAUUAUCUUGACGAGGAAAUCACCUCCGCUUCCACUCGAGUGCCUCAUAUCACUGUACCACUAUUUCCGGCAGAUGCAAUUUAUUCAUCGAGCCCCAAGUCUUACAUCCAUGACAUCUACCGCACGUUCUAGGAUGACGAGUGACUUUGUCUCACGACCUCAAUGAGGUCACGGGGCUUUGCAAAUGACAAGAGCACGUUUUAUAUUGAGGUGCAAUGCUCACUGUCGAACCACUUUCUUUUCAACCUACAAUUUCUCAAGACGCCUCUGGGUACCACAGCCAUGAAGUCUUACGCAAGGAUUAUGCUAGGCCUUGGUGCUUUAGUAGCCGCAGCACCUCAAGUAACACAGUCCCCAGAUUCGCCACCUGACCCUCCAGCCCGGAGCUCGGAUCCCACUGGAGUUACUUCCCAUGGACCAUACGAAGGUCCAGAGCCAACCACAAUAGGAGCGCUGUCUCGACCACCUCUGGCAGAGUCGAUUGCACCUCAGCCUCCCUUGCCAGUCACAUACAUCAACAAUGAUGGUGAUCUCCAAGCCGACUCCAUGCCUGUGCCUUAUCAGCCAGAUGGUGGCGCAGGUACCAAUGGCACCGAGCCAUACUACCAUCCUUUGUCUGACUUUGACUACCAGUCGCUCACCCUGGCUUUGUACCAGGAAUGGAUCGAACUGGAUCUGUUCAAUCAUGGCCUCGCAAUCUACUCUGAAGAGGAGUUUGAGGCAGCUGGAUUGACUGCUGAAGACCGUCACUUGAUUGCAUUCAUGGCAAACCAAGAGAUCGGGCACGCCACUAUGCUCAGCAACAUCCUGGGUCCAGCAGCACCACCACAGUGCACUUACAAUUAUCCAUUCACAACGGUUCGAGAGUUUGUUGACUUCAACCAAAAGUUGACUCGAUUUGGUGAAAGUGGUGUUUACGGCUUCCUUGGUCACCUCGACUCUCGUGAGUCGGCAACUCUCCUACUGCAGUCCAUCACCACUGAAGCUCGUCAACAACUGAUAUUCCGACAAUUUGGUGGGCUGUUCCCCAUGGCUGUUUGGUUCGAAGCUGGAAUUCCACAGUCCUGGGCAUGGACAUUGCUCGCUCCUUACAUCUCCGAGUGUCCCGCCAACACUACUCGACUUGCCUGGCAAAACUUUCCCGCGUUGACCAUCGAUAACCAACCCAAUAUCAAUAAGGUCGAUCCCAAUGAGGGACCAAAUGAGAGCGUCACGGGCUCCAACCCGUCCAACAGCACGGUUGAGCCUCAGGACAACUACUGCGUCGAGGCAACUGGCAUAGGCAGUGAAUGUUCGGCGGCAACAUCGCGCAAUCGAUCGAUCCCCUUGUCGUACCCAGGACGCGAGAUUCUGUUCUCUUGGGGAGACGUCAAUGAGACGGUCGGACCAAACAACAGCUACGUGACCUCUCGAUCACCGCUGGCAGAUGAACCUCGAUUUGCCAUGUUUGUUUCACAAUUGAAUGCGACCUACGUUCCGCUUCAAAAUAUCAGUGGGAAUAGUGCCUCGGCCAUCCAACCUAACGGGUCUACUUUUGAAGGCGAUCCAGCUGUCAACGAUACGAUGUUCAUCGUGUUGACCAGCGCUGACCCAUAUCUGACGCCAUUCAACCUAUCGUUGAUCAACCCUUAUGUGUAUGCAGGCCCUGCAUUGUAUCAAGCGGGCUAGUGGAGGUGUUUGUCAGUUGAAAUGCAGAGAAGAACGCGGUCGAGUGUACACGUGAUAUUAGACGCGACUGUUAACAAUGCUUCAAAAGUUUCUCCGUAUACUCUUCGCGCCAAAUGCAUAUUACUUCGCC